CCGAGACCACAAAGACGUUCCAAAUCGCACAGGUAUGAUGGCUGCUACUGCUAGUUCCAGUCUUCGUGUUGUGAGGAUAAAUGAAGAACAGCUACAGCAGACAGCUCAAUGUCACAGGAGUAAGGUGUCGUCAGGAACCUCCAACAAUGUCGAUGCUGGUGCUGAUCCUACAGUGCAGGUGAAGAAACCUCCAAGAAGGCCAGCUAUGGCAAUAUAUCAGCCUGGAGUCAGCAGACUGGCCAGGAAGAAGAGUGACUCCACCAACAGUGGGGAGGACAUUUCUACUCAAGUUACCACUCAAAGGUGUAAUACAACCAGGAGGAAAGGUACAGAUAGAGGGCGUGAGGUCAUGAGUAGCACGGGCGACAGUGACGAGGUAUCAGAAGAUCUCUGUGACAACAAAAGUUGUAGAGAGAGAACUACAAGGAAUAGUAAGCAGAGAAAAAGAGAAAAUUGCAGUUCCAUAACUCCAGAUAGGCUUUUAGCAGCUGGAAACACACAAGAUGAUGUAUCAAGUUCAUGUUCAAUCCCAGAGGAUGGUGGAGAUGAAGCCAAGAAAAGGACAGCUGAUCAAGAAAAUCAAGAAGGAUCUAUCCGUAGAACCAGUCAGGGGAACCAAACCAAAACGGGACAGUUUAGUACUUCUAAGAGUGGAGAUUUUACAACUGAUGUUUCAAAGUCUUCAGGUGGAGUCAAGACGAAAAAACAAGAUGCAUCUUUAAACAACAACUUGGAUGAAAAUGUGGGAUUGGGAAGUAAAGAAAUCCAACCUGGUCAGUCAGGAAGAGCACAGCCAUCUUCUACAGGAAGUUGCCAAACUGUACACAGUAGAGGCAUCAUUCACCUGCCUCCGGAUAUAAGUUUGCAUACCCACCAAACAGACAAGCAGGAAACAAGAACAUGUCAGGGUGAAGAGAACAAGAGACUGUUUGACCCUCACAAAUGCACAUCUGAACAGAACAUGCCGAUAGCCAAACAGCUCAACAAUAAGAAGUGGCAGCAUGUUUUACAGCAAGCGGAGGCACUAGCAGCAGAUCUCCAUCUCCAUCUGUCCAAGGGUAAUGCAGACAACCAGCAUGUUGCAGUGACAUUACAUUUGCAGUCACAGAUACAAACAUGCUAUGAAACACUGAUUCUACAGGAUCCAGAAUUUGCUAGCAAACGUAACAUUGACCAAACUCUGUGGAAGAAUUCAUUCUACAACAUCCUUGAAGCUUUCCGUGGACAUUUGUCAGGACACCAGAAGGAUGGAAGUCUUCACAAUCUACUUGCACUAAUUGACAAGGGUGCUUCAUUCUAUGCUGACCUGCUCCAAAAACUACAGAGGAAACACAACUUUAACCUGGAUGACUAUACUCAUCAUCUCAGAACUGAGCCUCCAGCAAGAACUGUAAGUUAA